CAAAGACUGGAUAAAGCAGAAGUGGCAGAAAAGCAAGAUGAAUGAUAUUAAGCUUGCUGUCUUGGGAGGUGAAAGAACAGGCAAAUCUGCCCUUACCGUAAGGUUUCUUACCAAGAGAUUCAUUGGAGAAUAUGCUUCUAAUUUUGAAUCUAUCUACAAUAAGCAUUUGUGUUUGGAUGGGAAGCAACUGAAUCUGGAAAUAUAUGACCCUUGCCCUCAAUCACAGAAAACAAAAUUCUCCCUCACAAGUGAGCUUCAUUGGGCAGAUGGGUUUGUUAUUGUGUAUGACAUCAGUGACAGGUCUUCAUUUGCUCUUGCAAAAGCACUUAUCUACAGAAUUCGGAAGCCACAAUCCACUCCUUGUAAAAGAUUUGUGGAACCAGCAGUGAUUUUAGUUGGCAACAAGCAAGACCUCUGUCAUGUGCGGGAGGUUGGCUGGGAAGAAGGGCAUGGCCUGGCACUGGAUCGCCACUGCCAAUUCUGUGAACUGUCUGCAGCAGAGCAGACUCUGGAAGUAGAAAUGAUGUUUAUCAGAAUUAUCAAGGACAUUCUGACAAACUUCAAACUCAAAGAAAAGAGGAGAUCCAGUGGGUCUAAAUCAAUGGCCAAACUAAUCAAUAAUGUAUUUGGAAAGAGAAGGAAAUCUGUUUAGUAGACGUGUAAUCCUAGGGGAUUUGUUACAUCAGUGAGUUUCAAAUAUUCACGGUAAUUAAACUUACCCUUUGCAUGCAAUUUUUAAGAAAAGAAUUCUCUUGAAGAUGUGAGA